AUGAAUCAAGAAUAUCCAUUAAUUGUCUCAUUCUUUGAAAUUGAUAACCAUACAGAACUUCCUAUUCAAAGUUUUCCUUUUAAAUCAGAAAUAGAUAAAAGUUUCUUUAGAUUCUUUUUUCCUAUUGCACCAUCUUAUCUUCAUAGUUCAUUUCUUUGUAUAAAUUCUCAACAACAAAGUUUUUGUUAUGUUAAUCAAACAGAAGAAUAUACAUUUGUACUUAUUUCACAAUAUCUCCAUUGGUCAUUAUUUAUAAAUAUUCUCCUUCAUCUCAUUCAACUCCCUUCACCUCAAAGAAUUUUAUUCUUAUCUUCAUUACAUAAUUUAAUUCCAUUACCAACAUUAAAUCAAUUAAAUUAUCCUUUAUUCUCAUUUUAUACAGAUUUACCACAACCAAUAAAUCAACCUAGUUCUGGAUGUCUUUCUUCAUUACUUUGUCUUCCUAUAACUCAAUUAAUUAUGUUAUUUUCAUCAAUAUUAAAUGAAAGAAGAAUUAUUAUUCAAUCAAAUUCACCACAAAAAAUAACAGAAUUUAUUAUUUCAUUAUUAGAAGUAUUUUCACCUUUAAAAUGGCAACAUUUACUUGUUCCAUUUCUUCCAAUAAAAUAUACUGAAUUAACAGAAACACCAACACCAUUUAUUAUUGGAGUAGAUCCUUCAAUUAUGGAAAUUAUUGAUUUAUUUGAUAUUAUUGUUUUUGUAGAUAUUGAUAAAGGAAUUAUAAAGAGUACAAAUUCAACAAUAAUUAAAUCAGAUUAUGAAUUAAUUCCAAACAAAUGGAUAAAUUCAAUUAAUAAUACAUUAAAACCAAUUUAUUUACACUCUGAAAAAAGAGAAAAUGAAAAUAUAAUAAUUAAAAAAGCUUUUAAUGAAGUAAUAAAUUGUUUUAUUAAAGAUAUUGAAAUAAGAAUUCGUUCAAUGAUAGAAACAAAUACUGAAUAUAAUAUAAAAGAAUUUUAUAAAGAUUAUUUCUUCCUUGGAGAAGAAAGAAAAUUUAUUGAAAUGUUUAGUAAAACUGCUGCAUUUGAUCAAUUUGUUCUUGAAACUGAACAAAAAUAUAAAAGUGAAGGUAUUAAAUUAAAAAGAAAAACUUCUUUUCUUUCAUGGUUUAAUAAAGAAGAACUUAUUGAUGUUGAUAAUGCUACUCUUAUUACUCCAACAAAAGAAAAUCAACAAUUAUUUAAUCUAUUAUAA